GAUUAGCUGCAGUAUUACCAGAGCUCGACAGCACGCCUCCCCACAACUAAAGCUUCCACGUACGAGCACUUUCGUUACCGUCGAGACUUGACUGGACCAUCGGUACGUUACGACGUACUGGAAGGAAGGGUCUUGAGCAAUCAUGGAGUUUUCAUCGCCGUUGGCUGCCAUGCGGCCGCCCCAGCAUCCUUCGAAUUGGCCCUCUCGACGAGACCUCCCCACGAGCUUCGCUACAAAUCUACAGUUCAAAUGUCCGCCAAAGACCAGCUUCGACUACUUUACCGUAACGCCUGUCCGAGGUUCAUCUCCAGCAGCAAGCUUAGCUGCAGAUCUGUCGUCAAACUUCCAUAUUGACCAAAGUCCUCAAUUCGCUACACCUCGACGGUCGCUUUUCACCUCGAAUCUGAUAACAAACCAUGUAACUCCUGGUAGGAUACUUGCUACUCUGAACUGUUGGGAGUCUAAGGCUUACAAUAUGGCUUCAGUGGCAGGAACGAUAACACCCCCCGUUCAAUGGGAAGGCGGAGUCACUCCCCCGAUCCUUUCUUCCCCAUCCGCAGAUCUCAUGGACAUCUCGCCGCUACCACACAAAGCUCCCUUCUCCAUCAUCACUCAACUUCCGCCCCAGUCGUCAUCCCUGGACCUCACGAGCCACGAUGAGGACAUGCUAUCACCAUUGACAGCACCGGACAGACCUGCAUUCGAAUUCCCUGCUCGUCCGGUGUCUGCACAGGAGAAGAGAAAACCAUUCGCGCUUCGACCCUCGCUUGCCCGAGCAAAGAAUCUAUCUACCACUACAACUGCACUGAGAGAGAAGGAGAUUUCGAACAAAGAUAGUCUGCUCAACUUUGGAUCGCAAAUGCAAGGUCGUGCUCAAGGGGCUGCUCUGCCUGAUUCACUCUUUGCCGAGUCACCACCGCGGGAAGGUGGAGGAUCAUGGUUUCAAAAUAGCCCAAACGUACUUGCCACUAGAAGACAGCGCCCUCUCCCGCAGCCCUUCCAGCCUGCUAGAGGUUCUUCAUCACCGUAUGAUGGUGCCAUUCGGAAACCAACAGCCGGUCCCCCUUCGAGACGGCCUACCAAGUUCCGAAGAUCGUUGAGCAUGUUUGAAAACCCCGCUGAUAUCAUGAAGCAAGAUAAGGAGGAAUACAAACCUAGCUCACUCCAGUCCGUCAUGGAUGUCGACGACUCCCCCGGCCUGGCAUUACCUCACUUCAUCCCACCCGAUGAACCUGACAGUCUCCCUAGGAUUACCGGAGAGACCUUGGUAGAGGUUCUCAAUGGAAAAUAUAGUGGAAACUUUCAGAAACAGAUGGUCAUUGAUUGCCGGUUUGAAUAUGAAUACGAAGGCGGUCAUAUCGAUGGUGCGGUGAACUUUUGCGAGAAAGACCAACUUUUACAAAACUUGUUCGAAACGGACAGCUCAGAUGGCUCUUCUAGAUCCUUGUUGAUCUUUCAUUGCGAAUACUCUGCGCAUCGUGCACCUCUCAUGGCCAAGUCGAUACGAGCCAAAGACCGUAUGGUCAAUGAAAAUCGAUAUCCACAUCUCUCAUAUCCUGAGGUCUAUAUCUUAGAUGGCGGUUACAGCUCAUUCUUCACUUUGAAUAGGGAACGGUGUUUCCCGCAAUGCUACACCAAGAUGGACUCCAAGGGGCACGAAACAGCCUGUGAAAAGGGCAUGAAUAAGCUCCGCCAUCGCAACAAACUCCACCGCGCCCAAACCUUUGCCUUUGGUGAAGACCACUCCCAAGAUAGUCCAACAAACCAGGGUCGCGUUCGACCUGGACGGCCUUUCAGUCGCUCAAAUCCGACCGACGACAGCUGCUUUGCAGCCAGUAACAGUACCAAACAGCUGCUAGAAGACAGCUCCAUUCUAUCAGGCACAUCGUGGCAGACGCAUCGACAAGGCGCACGUAGGCAAGUCUCGUAUUAAGCGCUGCAUUUUACAGGCGUUCCAUCAUCGUUUGGCGUUUGGCUGUCAUUGGGCACUAUUUCUCUUUUGUUUUAUUCCCCCGGCUAUACGCCGACAAUUCUUUGGAGCAAUGGAUUGCUACCGAUUC